AUGAUGAGCUCGCUUAGCUUUUUCUCCACGGGUGCGUAUGCCAUCCAGCUGCCCAACACACACAACAUCUCGAUCUCGCUCUACGUGGUGGUCAUUCUCGUGCUAGUGGUGUACAUCCCAGGCCUGCCCGUCAUGUAUAGCCACAUGCUCACGCAGCGUAACCGUGCGUACUCCAAGACAAAGAUCAAGACUGCUUCGAGCAGGAUGCGACAAGAGAAGAAUGAGAAUUGGCAAGAAGCGAUCGUGUUUUGA